CGGUUAGGAUAUGGAAUCCGAAGUGAGAUAAAAUGAAGGGCGGAUAUUGAUGCAAACCAUUUAGCCGACUUUGACUCUGCUAACUGGUGAGUGAGUGCCUGCCGUUUCUUAAACAGAUCUCUUUAAUCUCUCUCUAAUCUUCAAUUUCUUUCGCUCUCCCACUCGAUAUUGAAAUGGCGGAAUCAAAGUCAUUGAGGAAACCUGUUUUUACCAAGGUGGACCAACUCCGCCCUGGCACUAUUGGUCACACUCUUACUGUCAAGGUUGUCAAUACAAAGAUGGUAUUGCAGAAGGGUCGGGCUGAUGGUCCUCAGGUGCGUCAAAUGCGAAUUGCUGAAUGCUUGGUAGGAGAUGAAACUGGAAUGAUUAUCUUUACUGCUAGAAAUGAACAAGUGGACUUAAUGAAAGAGGGUACUACCAUAACUCUUCGCAAUGCGAAAAUUGACAUGUUUAAAGGAUCGAUGAGGCUUGCUGUGGACAAGUGGGGUCGUGUUGAGGUUGCUGAACCUGCUAAUUUCAAUGUGAAGGAAGACAACAAUCUGUCACUGAUCGAGUAUGAACUGGUUAAUGUCGUUGAAGAGUAACCUUUCGGGACGGCGUUUGCUUUGUUUCUGUAUUGUGUCCCACGAAUAAAAUCGACUCCAGUAAAUGUGUUAUUCUGAUCUAUGCAACAUCUCGUCUUCAAAAGGCUUGUGAAGUUCGCUUUUAGGAAGAAGAAAUCUGGAAGCUAGCGUGUAGUACUCAAAAGUUGCUUCUUGCCUUGCAGCAAAUCCAGCAGAACCUUUUGGUUGCACCUCCAAACAGAUGGUGGUGGCUGUAAAUUUUAGAGUUAAAAACAGCUAGCUUUUAGAACUUGCUUUCUUUUGUUUAGUUUCUCGUGUUUCCCGGCAGCGAACUUGUUUUGUUCUUUGCUUUUAGAUUAUGCUUAAGAAGUUUUAACAUUAUAAAAUGUAUGCCUACAUAUGACUUAAUUUAUCUCUUGCUUGUGUAA